GCCAAUAUCGUAUACUCCAAUCACAAGUGUAUCAUUUCAUUGGUGUUUUUCUAAAGUACAGCUGUUAUUUGUUGUUAUGCAGUCUGGCGUUAGUCCGACGGCGGAGAAGAGGAUAUCUUGAUUUCGAAAUAAGGGAGAGGUAGAAUGAGUUCUGUUGGGAAUUCUGGAGGAGACAGUCGAGAGACUAGCCAAGAGAGACAUCCAGUUGACCUGGCAGCUAAGACAACGCUGAAAACUUCUGUGGAUUGUACUAGACCAACUUCAAUACAAUCUUCAGGCCAACUUCGUGGCAUUGUUACAACCACAGGCCAUUCUGUAGGACGAGUUCAAAGUUCUGGUAUGCAGACUGUUGUCAUGAGCAGCACUACUGGCCCACAGAUGCCUCUGAAGCAAGUGGGGGUUCCUCGUAGUGCUAUGCCGGCAUGCACAACUUCUAGCACAGCUACACUGGUACAAAGUGUAAUGGCAGCAAGCACUCGGCCUUCUGUAGUACCUGCAACAUCUCCACUACCCAUGCAAUCAAAUGCCACAGUGUCUGGUACUCAUGUCUCCACAACUUAUCAUGUGCCAAGAGGUGCAGCAGCGGUUGCAAAUAUAGCUGCUCCACGAUCAGCUGUAGCCACUCCCAUAGUAAGAUCCACAGCAAACCUUCAGUCUACAGCAGGCACACAGCACACAACUAGUUUUACCCGUGGAUUGGGUCCAAGUACUCUGUUACCUCGUGCACCCAGCCCUGCAUCUCAGGGGACAACAUGGUUAAGUGGAAGUACUGUCCCUGCAGCAUCAUCAUCAGUGCCAAAAUGUGUAUCUCCAGGACCCAUAUUACCAUCGCCAAGAGCUCCAUCCAUUACUACUCUACAACAGUAUACGCAGGGACGCUCAACAUCCAUGACAGUAACAGCAAGACCGUUGACUCCACAAGGAAAUAGAAUGCAUUCUGAAUCACCACGACCUCAGCUGAUUCAUGCCUCUACACAGAAACCUAUAGCUGCGACACAAACUGGUACACAGUUGCACAUUGCUGAGAAGAGCUACUUCAAACCCAGUGUGUCAGUGCAGUCCUCUCUUGGAGGAGUGUCAAUAGCUCAAGUAUUACCUGCGCGCACACAGGUAUCUCCACUCACGUACAGCAACCCACUCACUUCGACAGCAGCACACUUUCAAGCCACAUCUGGUGCAGGUCAAGGAACCACUACACUUAUUCCAACCCAACCCCAUCCAUUGACCCUAUCACAGGGUAUGGCCAGUACUACAAGCAGUGGCCAAGGCUCAACUGCAGUGUUGACAGCCCCAGCCAGACUCACAGUGUCCAGUAUUCCUGGAACAAGUCUUCCCGCCCAGGGAACUGUACUUGCCACUGCCACCACUCAGCGGCCAGGACAAGUGUCCAAUGCUGCAAUUCUCACAGCUCCUGCUCGCUUGGCUGUCUCCACAGCUAAUCAGGGUCCUGGCUCUGCUCAAGGAACCACUCGUCUCACUGUAGCUGCUGCUGGCUCAAGCCAGAAUGUGAGUCUCACAGCAUCUGCAUCAAGUGCAGGACAAGGGACCAUCAUAGCAAGUUCUGCUCGCAUCACCACACUACCCAGCUCAGUUCUUACCUCAGGUCAGGGAACUGCUGCUCUGUUGACUGGUCCAGCACGACUCACUAUGACCUCUAGCAUCCCUGUCCCAAGCCAGAACGCAGUAUUGUCAGGGCAGACACGUUUACAGGCCAUCUCUUCAACUGUUCCCACAGCAAUUGCAGCCUCUUCCUCCCAGGGAACUGUGCUAACUGCACCAGCUCGUAUUACCAGUUCGGUUGGCCCUUCUGUUCAGCAAGGUGCUCGUCUUACUGUGUCUGCUAAUUCUGCAAUUGCACCAAACCCAGGACAGAAUGCACUCAUUACAGCUCCCACACGUCUCACUGUGUCAUCAAACUCACCUAUGACACCCAGUCCAGGUCACCAAGGCACAACUGUUCUAGCAACCCCUGCACGUCUGACUGUAACAUCUGGUGUCCCCAGUUCAGCCCUUCCACCAACAGGUGUUGUGUCGCUUCAUCCAGUAGUUGUCUCAAACACAAACUCAGGCCUGGCCCUUAAACCUUCUACACACAGCCAGCUGGGAACAUCAGGGAACAGAAAUAUUACCACACAUCAGAAUUUGGGACCAAAGGUGAUAACACAACCAGCCCAUGGUCCACCGAUCCAGAUAACACAGGUGCCAGUGAGCUCUGUAGCUGGUAAACUACCCCAGUCACUGCACAGUGUGACUCCCUUGCAGACAGCUAUAGCAAUCACUACAGGAACCACCAGGACUGUAGCAUACACAGCCACAACAGUUACCACGAGUAAUGUGUCCAGUAUCCGCCCAGUCACAGUGGCCACUACAUCAUCUAUACCUGUGGCUAAAGUAUUCCCACAGGCUGUUGGUGCUAGCCGAGAACAGAUGGGGACAAAUUCUGUGUCUGAAGUGACAUUACCAGUACAUGCAAUCCAGACUCCUCAACCAACACAGCAGCAGCAAACCAUUGUGGCAACUCAGCAAGCUAUUUCUCAAGCUACCAGUGUGUAUAUCCAGACUUCACACAGAACUUCCCCUGCGCCGAGCUCCACUCAGGCAUCUAUAGACAGAGCAGGCUCAACAAUUCCAACAUAUACACUCCCAACUACUUACUACUAUGAAACUCCCAGUGGCUACCAGGUAGCGGGGGUAGGUAGCUCGCUUGUGGCUCGACCAUACAAUCCUGGAAGUCCUUACACUGUGCAGACCACCACUACACAAGCUUUGCGACCAGGAGUCGCCACCCACCAAGUACAUGGUAUUGUGACUGGAACCCAACCAGUAAGGUUCAACCCUGUUAUGGUUGUUGAUUCAGCCAGAACAUCUGUGCCUGUUCACUCAUCCUUUGUAACUGAAGGAACUUUGGUUCAGACAGAAGGAUCGGUCCUGGGGCAAAGUAACCAGAUGCAGCCUACUUCAAAGCCCAAUGCCUCACCUAGACCCAGCAUAUUACGUAAGAGGGACAAUGAUGGCUCACCUUUGAAGGCACAGAAGAAUCUGGCUCCAGUUUUAGCAGCUCUAAGCAGUGGUGCCCCAGUCUCUCCUCCAUCACCACGACGUCCUGAUUCCCGUGGCAAUGGAGGCAAUUCUUCUGGUGGCUCUACUACCAUUUCAGCUACUUCAUCUCCAGGGCUGGGUGAAGCCGGAGAUGAUUCAUUGCCACCAAUAAAACAAGAACCAGUAGAAGAAGGAGAGAGACCUCCAGUUGAGAUGAGCCCUCGUAAAAAACCACGUAAACAACAGCUGACCGGUAAUGAGCUCCACGAACCAAAAUUUAGUGAAGAUGAUAUGGAAUUUAUUGUGGAAGAAAAAAAUAUCAAGAAAGAAGUGAAAGUAUCCGAGGAGUAUGAGGAGAAAAUCUACAUACCAAAACGUCCCAACAUUUCCCUUAUCAACAGUUACAGACAUACUUGGAAGUCUAGACAGAAUCACUAUCUUCGCUACAGUGAUGUAAAACCCAAGGAUGAGAGGAGACCCACUGUGACGGACCUUGCAAACCAGAAACAGGUUCUCCAGAAGCUGAAUGGUUGGAAGAUUUAUCACCUGAGUACACAAAUGGAAGAUCUUUCUGAUUUGGAGAUGCAGGUGUUUGAAAAACUUACAGCGAUGCUGAAAGUAAUGGAGAAGAAAACAGGGAAGGAGCUGGAUAUGGAUGUAAACAGAGUUAAUGAACUGAUUAAAGGAAAUAUACAGAGGAGCAAAGUAAUCAAGGAUCAGAUGCAGGAGGCCAAGAGCCAAGUUAUGAAGAUCUUCGAUCAUAAGAGUCACGUGACAGACAUUAUCAGUCGUUGUGCAAACAAACGUUCACUCAAGAAGCGUGACAAGUCAUAGUUUUCACUUUCCACUGCUAUUAUUUUAUCUAUGAGGGUCAGGCCAGCAGUUAAAUUGUACAUAUACAAUUAUUUUUGAGCCUGAGAAUGUUGUUGAAAGAAAAUAAAUAUCUUUAUUUAGGACAGUAAUUGUGAUAAGUCCUUUUUAGCAGGCUCGGAAUUUCAAGAAAUGGUAUGUAAAAACAGAAAUUGUUGAUUGGUUCUGCACCGGACAGCCAGAUAUACAAAUCUGUACCACAAAUUAUGAACACAAACUACAGUAUAGUUUGUUUUUAGUACAAUUUUAGUACAGCCAGUUUUACAUUUCUUUAAUGUGAAAACUUAGCACAAUGAUUUUUAUAUUAUAGUCUUAGUAGAAUAUACUACAUAUGUAUUUGUAGAAAAAUGUGAAAUAGGAUUAAGCACAUGACAGUACAAGGAAUAAAUUUCCAGCUGAAAAAUAACAUGUUUAAUAUCCUCGGUGUAUUUGUUACACCUGUAUUUUUACUAAUUGUUGCUGUUGCUGUUUUAAAACUAUUUAUAGCUUCUCAUAUAUUAUAAAAACUGUAUGCCUGAAUACAUGCUUUAGGACUCUUUGUAUAGGGAGAUGAAUUAGUAUACCAUCAAAUAUUUACAUAUGUCUUGUUUUAACUAUACUGAUGCAGUCAAAAAUAAAUUUUAUAUUAACUGGGGAACAUGCUAACAAAAAUUAUUGUGUAAAAUACGUGCUUUAUUGAAGAAUAUGUGAAAGAAUUUCUGCAGUAUAUUUACUUGUUCAUGAUAUAAAAACACUCUUAUUUUCUCCAUAAUUUUUCAGAUGCCUUCAUCUGUGCAGACAAUGUUGGUUUGAUUUUGUAGGUGUUGCAGCAUAAUAUCCCAGCAUCUUUAUUGUAGCCCAUAAUGCCUGCAGGUUUUCUUUGGUGGUGAUUUCCCUUGGGUACCAGCACUUCAGAAUAAUUUCAUGCCCACCUUUAAUAAAUAAUUUUUGUCUCAUUGUUUCACUUAGCUAAAAUUGCUUGUCAGACAUUACAAACCAGAGUGUGGGACAAUAUUAGCACAACUAUUUUGCUGUACAGUAGAGUCCCAAUUACCCAAACUUUGGUUAUCUGACAUUCCAUUUUAUCUGACCAGCUGUGUGUCAGAAUGCUUUAUUUUAUCAAGUUAACUCUGCAUAUAGCAGAAUUGAUCACACUUCCCCACCGUGCGCCUUCUGCGUUUUAUGUACUAAGUUGCUACAGAUGUAAUGCUGUUCAGCUGCUGGCAUGAGCUUGCCAUGAGAGAAAGAAGGAGGCUCAGAAUGAAAUACCCAUUGCUAAUUUAUUAAAAAAAUAAACAUUUCAUUUACAAAUUUACAUUAUAUUAAAUACUUUUGUUUGUGAAUUUUUUUCAUUUGAUUCCUUUAUUUAUUUAUUUUUUGUAGUGAAAUAAUAUCAAAUAGUUAUAAAUUUGAAUUGAUAUUUACCCUCAUGUUUUUCAUUAGUCUUCUGUAUUAUCUAACAUGUUCAAUUAUCAGCCUGUGCUUAGGUCUUGUUUGGUUCAGGUGCUGUACUGUAGUUACAUAGCUAAUAUCUUCCUACUUUUACUUUUGUAUUCAUCAUCAUCACACUGUACAUAGAUGUGUUGUAGGUUUUGUUAUGGGUUGACACUGGCUGUUCCACCUGUCUCUUACAUGUAGUGUUUCUAGGUUUUGUAAUUCCUAUUUUCCUUUCCUAAAGAGGUUUUGGAGUGAGUGCUGUAGUAACUGUAUGUGGGACACUUUUGCUGUUUGGUACUUGGAAAGAAUGAAUGAUAUUACAAUGAAAAUUAUUAAUGGAUAUCUUUCUUGUUCUUAUUUCAUUUAAUGAUACAUUCUCAAGUGCAUGAUGUCCUAUGGCAUUAAAUGAUUGAGGAAAUGAGAGGGAUCAUAUAUUAUUUAAUAGUGCAGAAUUUAAUUAGCAGCUGCAAUAUUUGCUGAAAACAUUCAUUGUGGCUUAUUCCUGAAAUCUGAAGUACAGAAUGUGUACAAUGUUUUAUUUGGAAAACCUGAAAGGGAGAGACCACGUAGGAGUUAUAGGCAUAGAUGGAAGAACCUGUGUAACAUUACAUAACAUGCGAAGUUGUCGUGGGUGAGGUUGUUAGGCUCCUGCAUAAGCCCUAAGUUGGAGGACCAGCCUUUGUUGGCUGUCUGCAGUUGCACUUGUGAUUAAUAUGUUCAAUUGCAGAUGGUUAGCUUCGCCUUCAUUGGAAUACAGAGACCAAAUAAUUAUAUCUGAUAUUGAUUAGUAAUUAACAUCACUAGUACUUGCCCAUAAAUGUCUACAACCUGUUGCAGUCUGCAUAAGAAAUUGCAGUGACAUUGAAUUCAUCAUCUGUUGUGGCACAGGCAUAGAUGGGAGGUAGUAUUAAAAUAUAUCUUACAGAAAUAGGUUUGAGGAUCUGAACUGGAUUCAGCUGUCUCAGGAUAAGUUCCAAUGGUGAGUUGUGAACAUAGUAAUGGACCUUCAGGUUCCACAAAAAGCAGGGAAUUUGUUGAACAGUUGAGUCACUAUCAGUUUAUAAAGAAGGACUCUGCUCAAUGGAAUUAGUGUUAUCAAACUUUUAUUUUAAGUAAUAUUAUUUAUGCAUUCCUUAAAUGUAUGUUAAUACCUCCUACAAGGGAACGGUACUUCAACAGAUCAUUAAUCUGUUGACAGUCCUGUUAAAUUAACUUAUUUUUAAAAUAAGUUACAUUUAAUUCUAGAGGUAAAAUUUAAUCCUUUAAUUUCAGUUAUUUUUUACACAGUUUUCCUCUAUAUCAUUACUAAAACAACUGGAUAUUUUUAUAAUAUUUGAUAAAGAGGGCAGAAAUUCAGAAAUGUUUCAAUAGUACGCCCAAAUCUUACAGUUUCUACUCAGUUUGGAGUAUAAAGGAAAAGGAAUUUCCAUGCUAUUUUAGGUGAAGAAAUGUACCUAUUUCACCAUGGCUGUGUCUUUCCAUGUGUAAUAACUCGAGAACUGCUGAAAAGAUUUUUAUCAAAUGUGUCUACACAUUUCAGUUUGGUUAAAAUUGGAAAGCAAUGCUAGGCACAUUACAUGAAGAUCCAUAUCUUUUUCUGUGGAAAAAAAAUCUGAAUUCAUUACUCUUGAAGGGUCUGUUAUCAACACUGAAUGACACAAUGCAGCUCCCCCCUUUUUAUGCAUUAUUUUUAUUGUAAGAUGCCCAUAAAGUAGUUCUAUGAUGUCAUAAGUAGUUUAGAAAUGAGUUUAGUGAGAUUCUGAAAAUAUUUAUUCUGUGUAUGUCCAUGACACUUGCAUUAUUUCUUUCAUGUGAAUUUGAUGAUGGGAAUUAAUAUUGUCCUCUGGUAGAUCUGGCUGUCUGGUAUAGAUUUAGUUGGUGAAUAAAAGUUCACCUGCAGUAAUAAUUUGCAAGUCUCUUCAUGUUCAAGUUAUAAAGUGGAUUUCUAAUUUAAAAAGCUCAUAGUACUUCCAUAUGUAUGGGAAGGACAAUAUAGUUGUUAGGAGGUUGAAAACAGGGUAAAUUGGAUGUGUUUGAUGUUGCCACAUUUUUAUUGAUGUCAGUCUUACAUAUGCAGUAAUGUCACAUAUUACAUAUCACAUACAUGGUGCAAAAUGAAACCUGCAUAAAGAAAAAAUACAUUAUAAACCUAAGUAUAUGUUCAGUGAGAAAGUUUUCGUAAAGUCUUGAUAGAUGACAUGCCCUCAUAACCAGUAACACAUAAUAUCACUUUUACAUUUGUAGAUAUGGGAGCCAAGAAUCUCUCGCUCAGAGACCAUAGCUGAUUAUCCUGCACAAACAUUCUGAGGUACACAUUGUUAUAAGCUUAACAGAAGAAAGGUGAAUCAUUUAAAACAUGAAUUGUGUCAAAAAGUGUAUAUAAUUGUGGUACAUGAUUUGAGGUUCUUGGGGCAGUGAGUAUGAAGAUGUUUUCUUCUGGGUUGUAGUGUGGUAGAAGUUUACUUAUUGCCCUGAUGAUGGAGGAAGCAAGGACCUCUGAAAUGUUGGUGGAGUUUAUCAGACUACAUUGCACUAGAACCCAGAAGACAGCCAUCUUAGUUGUGAUACAUGUUUUAUUUUGCACCGUUCAGACUUGUUCCUCUGUUGUGUGGUACAUAUCACUGCAAAUAUAUUGAACUGAUAGUCACCGUUUUCUUGAAGUUGAUGUGUGUGUGUGUGUCCAGGUCUCAUUUGUAUGUGUUUUUCAACACUGCAGAGAUAAUUCUACUGCUUGUGUUCUUUCUUUCUUUUCUACUCUCUGCCAAUACUCUGCAUCUUUCCUAGAUAUUUGUGGAGAUGAAUCAGUGCUACUGUACGCGACUUACAUAAAUACUUGUGAUAUAGGUGGCCUGGUAGGCAGUUGAUGUACAUAUGCCUAAAUCCCCUAUUUCUGAGUGGAGAACAUUGGUCUUUAGUACAAAUAUAUUUUUCGCACAUCUUUGCUGCUUUCUGCCGCUCCACUGUUUAUAGUAUCAUUGUUCAUUAAUUUGAUUUGUCAUUACUGACUGCUUUAUAACUUUCAGUGUUACAAUGUAUUAUCAGUAAAGUUUACAUUAAAUUAGAACAAAUAGGACAUUUUUCGGUCACAAUCAUCGCAGGAACUUGCUUAGAUCUUGUGUGCAGUAGUUUAAUGACUUAGGUCUAGUCCCAGUGCAAAUCAUUAAUUGUUUGAUAAUGGUAAUAAUGUUUAACAUAAAUGAAAAGCGGUUUCUAAUGGUUGUUUUUAUUUGUUUCAUAUUGUUAUUUUUAUUUGUUUUAUAAUGUAAUUAUGACUGCACAAUGUUAUGAUUGAUAUUUGUAUUCAGUGUUGUGACAGCUCAAUCAUCCAGCCCUCUUACAUAUUGUUGGAAAUGUAAGUAACCCCUUUUAUGGAUACAGAUUCAUAAUUACUUUCUGUCAUAUUGUUGGAAGCUUAAAAGUGUUCCAUUGUUUACUUCAUUCUGCAGCUUUCUUGGGAUAUAAUUCAUAAUGCAUAAUAUAUAUUGGAUUUGUGGUUUAGGCACCAGGUAUAAAGGUUCACUUGUGUGUAUUCUCAUUUCUUCAGGAUCCUUCUGUAUCUUAAUUUUGUGUUUUUAUUAAUAUUUUAUCAAUGCAGGGUGUGUUGCAUGAAGGAGAUCACAGCACAGAUUUUUUAAAUUACAAGUAACUUUCAUGUUUGUGUGGUUUUUACCACAUUUGUCAUUGGCUUAAUAAAACACCAUUUAGUUUUCACCUAUGAAAACCUUGAAUAUAGUGCAUGCUUGUUUACUUUCAAAGUUAUGAUAAAAUAGUUUACUUUGACAGAUAUAUGAAUACAUUAAUUUGCAGCUUUAAAAGCAGCAGUAUACAUAUGAUUUUGAUAGAUGAAAUUAGCUGCUUUAAGCUUCCAACAGUUGUUAUCAUACCUAUCUUCUAUCUGUACAAGGAUUUAGUGGAAUACUUUUAAUAAUUAACUUCUAUGUUGGUUGAUCAAUUCUUAAGUUGUUUUAUGAUGUUUUGAGUGCAUGGGUUUAUAGUGGUAAAUGAAAUGGAAAUAUGAUUGUGUAGGUGAGUAAGGAAGGAGGUGGUCAUGGUCUGUUUGAAAGCAGUAUCCCAUCAUUGACUUGGAGGUAGUGAGUAAAACCUUGAAAACCCUGUCAAAGAGCCCAGCUGAGAUUUAAAUUGUGUGCAUCCCAAAUAUGGGCCUUGGGUGGUACUUCUACUCCAACUUGCAUGGUAACAGUAGCUGGAGAACUGAAGAAAUUGUGUUUUGCAGUAUAACUUACCAAAUGUGUUGUGACAGCUAAAGAUUCUCAUUCAAAACUCUGUUUCAUGCAUGUAAAUAUUUUAUGUUUUCCAGCACAUUUCCUUUAAAUAACCCAGAGAAGUGGAAAAGUAUAAUGAAAGAAUGUGGAAAGAAUUGCCCUAGGAGGUAAUCAGAUUUUUAAUUAUGUUAAAAAGUGGAGAAAGGAAAUGGAUUUCUUGUACAGACUAGCAUUUAUAUAAAAAGUUUGUUAUGGAUAGAAACAGAAAGUUGUCAUUCUGAGAAUGCUGAUGUAUCAUUGAUCAUCAACAUUCAGAGACAGAGCAUUAGCUUUCCUUAAUGUAACAAAGUUGGAAAUGUGCAAUUCAUGCCAGAACAUAAAGAGUUUCUUAGUGCAUUCUUUGCAGCUUGGCAUUCUGAAAGUUCCUACAUGCUCCACACAGCUUUCAUGAAAGUGUUAACAAUAUUAAAUCUAACUUUGGUUGUAAUGUUUAUAGAGCUCCCUUUGAUUAAUCUUAGGAUGCUUUUAAUUCAUUGAUAUCAUUUUAAAACUGAAACUGUUUAUAUAGUCAUCCUUUGACUAGAAUUUGCCUAAUUAAUGAUAUUGCUGAUGACAUGGAAGUAAUAAGAAUAGGCUUCAGAUGAUUCUAAACAAAAGCAUGUGUUCUAAAUGUGAGAGAAGAUUUAUUCUUGAACUUUUAUCAUCUGAUUCACAAAAGAAUUCUGAAGCACAUUACAGUCUAAUUUACAGCUCUAAUGCUUCAUUUGUUUAUUAAAAACUGUGUUGAGGCUAGCAUAGUUUAGGGGGCCUUUACUUCAUGUUUCUAUUUUACAUUAAAACAUAUUCAGAUCCAGGUAAAAUGAAGGUUAUUUUGAAAGAGAACUAACAUACCUUGAAAAUUGUUAGUCAAGACAUUCAGUACUAUUUAUAGAUUACUAUGUAGAACACAAUGACUUGUUCUAGACAUGGUGUCCUUUAGUAUAUGCAAUUUGAUGACUUAAUUUGUAUUACCUUCCAGAAGUAAUCUGACAUAGCAGGAUAGAAAGGGAUGAGAUAAAUCAAAAGAACUUUUAAUAUUCAAGGACCUAAAUAAAUGUAAACACAUGAAGAGUUGUACAUUUGUCAUUUAGAAAUUGAACUUGAUAUUUAGUUAGAGCCCAUAUUUUAAAUGCAGCUAUUACUGAAGAUAUUUAUAAUACUAAUGGUCUGUUUUAAUGAUUCUUAUAACUACAGUUUAAUUCUGUACUGGUACAAAACACUUAAGAAAUUUACAGCAUGAAAAAGAUAUGUUGCAGAUUUAGCAUUCUGAAUAUAUGUUCCAUAUUAGAGGAAAUAUCUUCAUUAUUUAAGGGUAGUGCAUAUACAAAUUAUUUUUCAUGAGCAUCAGAGAACUUCAGCAUCUCCCUCAGAUAUAAGUUUAAAUUAACUGUAACCCUGGAACCAGUUUUAGUAUAACUGUAUUUUGCUAAAAAAAUUUAUUUUGCAGUUAUUUUAGCCAUUGAUUUGAAUUGUAAUAAAAUAAUUCUGGAAA